UUGAGUACUUAUUCUGUUACUAACUCACACAGCUUAUUCACACCUGAAGUUUUCACAAGUAUUCAGUAAUUUUAUUUAUAUUGCAUGUGCUGAAUGAAAUACGGGAGUGAGGCUGAUUGUCAGAUUCACACGGAACUGCUGAGCAGCUGUUUGACCAAUGCUAAAUAUGCCUGUUGCCCUCAAUGUAUCUGUGGUCUUUUGUCAUUCUCUCUUUACAGAGAAUGGCAAUUAAACUGUCAAGCCCUCCCGGGAUGGGAAAGGACUGGAGGAAAAGGAAAUAGAAGGAAAACAGACAACCGAUGACAGGAGAUGAAUGUGCCAUGGACAUAGGCUGGCCAUUUGUUUCAUCUCCCACAAUGCGAGUGCAAUGGGAAUACCUGAACACUAACAGUGUUGAUGGCAAAUGACUUGCCUUAGUCCUUGGAUUCACGUGCUCAGAAUAGAGGCAGUAGAGAAAUUGUGAAGAACUUAAUUAUUUACUACUGAAGCCCUGGCAACAGUUCAGGUCAACUCCUUAACUGCCUUCUGAGAACAGCUAAUGAAAGACAUCCUUUAAAUAACAAUGAUUGAGAGAAUUGACAAACAGUGAAGAGUUCUGUAUUCAUUUCUCACUGAUUCUUGCUUUUCUAAAAAGCGCUUGUGAUUUGGUAGAGGUUAGGAAAGUGGGGGGAAAAGGAGAGAAUAAAAUGAAUAAAGGGAGAGAGGAUUGGUUUUUCUUUCAGGUACCCUCCAGCUGGUGAAUGGUGAGGGCAUAGCGUAACCUUAACUGAACAUUAGAAUACAUUUUCUGAGCGCCCUUAGUAACUGAACAAAACAAUUCUCUUCCCAGCUCAGCAAAUAUUUCUUGUGCCUGUGGCGAGUUUGGUUUAAGAGAAAAGCAGUCCACGUGAGGAGCAGUCUCUUCCCCACACAGGAGAUGCAGUUCCCCUCUCCAGUGUGCUUUUACACAAGGAGGUUCACCACAGCUCCUUGUGUAUGUGGAGCUGGGAAAAAAAAUUAGGGAUUUAAAAACGCAUGUCCAAGCCUCCGCUAGGACACAGGAGGCCUCGGAGCACCGUUCAUCUCCCCACCGGCGGACUCAGAGGGGCUGACUGCCCCCGCGCUAUCUCCGCGUAGCUUUGGAGGAUGUGGGAGACCACAGAGCGCACCACGAAAAGGAGCCCGGCCCGCACUACAAUUCCCAGCGUCCUUUGCAAAGAUGCGUUGCCAAGGCAACGGCCAGCGGGCUUGCCUUGGGGUGCGGGGGCGCUGGCCACCCUCCCGCAGCGUGGUCCCUACUCCUCUCGCGAGAGCUCCGCGUAAUCCCUAGCAAACUCUCGCGAGAGGGGUGCGCGGGGUCGUCAUGUCGGCGGCGGGUGGCGACGAGGGGCUGUUCGUGCUGGAGGUGCUGGUGGAGGAGGUGCGGGUGGCGGCGCCGGGCCCCGCGCUGCGUCCGGUCGUGGCGCUGCGCCUGCUCGGCUUCCCUGCCCUCCUGCUGCGCCCCGCCGCCGCCGCCUCGCCGCUCCGGCCCGGCCGGGCCUUUCCCUUCGGCCGCGGCAAGCGCUGCCUGUUCCGCUGGCGCCGCGGCUCUCUCUGCGCCGCGCUCCGCCGCCAGCCGGUCCGCGCCCUGCUGCUGGCGUUGCCCGUCGGGCACCCUCUGGAGCCCCCCCGCCUCCUCGGCAGCUGCAGCAUCUCGCUGGCCCCUGCCUCCGUCGAGGUGCUGCAGCGGCCUGGGGAGGCUGUCCGCUGGGGCCGCCGCGGCUGCUUCCCGCUCCGGGACGCUGCGGGCCGCACGGUCGGGGAGCUGGUGCUGGGGUUCCGCCUCAGCAGCCUGGAGGCCGAGGAGGGGUCGGGCCCCGCCAUGCCACCCCACCCUUCUCCUGCGCCGGAGGAGGAGGGCGAAGAGGAGGAGGAGGCGGUGGAUGAGGAAGAAGAGCAAGGCGAGGAGGACGGCAACAUCAUCUGCCCUCCCGUUCUGUAUUACAGCCGUGAGCCGGCUGAGCCUCGUCUGCCAUCAGCAGCAGCCAUGGGGCACUGGGAGCGUGUUGUGGUACGAAGCCCACAAGAGCAAAGAGAGGUCCAGAGCCCCCCACGCCCCAGUGCUGGGCCCUCCUUGCUACACCCUAGCAGCCCCCAGCAACUCCACAGCACUCUGACACAGUUGCCGCUGCUCAGUGCCUUGCUGGCAGAGCUAUCAGUACUCACCCACUCUGCUACCCCUGCUGUUGUCCAUCCUCAUCUGGCCUGGCUCUACCAGGCCCCAGGGGACUGUGGCAUGGGUCCACGGCCAUCCAGCCAUUCCCCUCCCCUCAAGACUGCAGAGGUGCCGGUGAGGCCCAGUGGGAACAGAGCCAGAGCUGCCAGCCCUCAAAUCAAGCAAGGCCAGCAGCAGACAACCUUACCAGGGUCUUCUCAGGCUGGGAAAAGAUCUAAGAAAGCUGCACCCCACGGACAGACAGGAUCUGAAAGAAACCGCAUAACUAAGGAAAACACACCUCCCAGAAGGAAACUGUUGUACGGGCUAACCAAUACACUGAGGCUACGGCUGCAGCAAACCAAUCCUGAUAAGCUGAUAUUGCUUGAAAGGAGAGAACAGUACAGAAAAAAGCAAGCAGAGAUGGUGAAGGUGCGAAGCCCUUUAUCCAAAAGAAAGCCACACAAAAAUGCUGGAGAGCAGCGUGUGGUUUCUCACAGGCAGUGUAGCAAGGGAGACCGUUCAAAGCAGAAUGGUCAGGUUGAUGAAACUGUUGAAACUUCAUCACAAAACAGUGCUCUCAAAGAGUACUUUUCCAGUACAGAUGUUUGCCCUGACCUACAGAAGCAGGCUGCUGAAAGUCUGUGGAGGAACAGUGAGACUGCAAGCAAGGAACAUCCAUGCAAAGCAAUGGCAGCCUCCUUACUGGAGAAAACUAUAUUAAAGUCUGCUCACGAAGAAAAGGAUUUGGAAGUUCAGCUCCUGGCAGCUUUCACAUCAGAUGCUAAUGUGAAGGGAAGUAAUGAUAAUGAAAUAAUCCAUGAAACCAUGGAGCACGAUUAUACUUCUGUUGCAAGUGAUCAGAAACGAAGCCCCAGCAUGACUGUUGAAAAAAGCUCUGAAUUCAUCUACUCAGAUGACUUUGUUGCUAGUCCUGACAACACAGUUUAUUCAGAAGAUUUCACCAGUGCUGAGUGUACAGGCAGAGACCUGGAAGCUCUUGACAGCAGUCCUGAAGCUCUCUGGCUUGAAAGCCCAAACCGACCUCGGCCAGAUACAGAGCUGGAAUCCAGCAUGUCCAGAGUUUCAAAAGCAAGUGAAAGAGCUGAAAGUAUGUCAGAUCUUCUGCCAGUGCAUUCAUCUUCAUCACCGGUCUCUUCUUUGAAGAGAAACCAUGGCUUCAAAAACAGCAAAGGAACUAGUGGUGAAUCUUUUGAUUUACUUAAUGACACCUCUAUCUGGGCAGGCUUAUUAGAUGAAGAGCAGGAAACCCAUCAGGUCGAUAAGGAAGAGAACAGAGUUGAUCAGCAUAUUAAACAAGCAUCUGUACUGAGAAGCGAACAAGUUAGCUCUGCUACUGAUCUGAAUAUAGGAAAGGGGCAGACCUCUGCGGAAAAAAAUCAGUCAGUAACUCAAGUGUGCUCCUACUUACCAUGUAACUUGUCUGAUCUUGAACUUAGCGAUGUGGAAAAUAGUAGGUCAGGCAAAGAUGAUGAUUUUUUGGGAGACCUACACGCUCCUAAUCAAUACAAAGACAUCAGUGAACUUGUAAUAAACAGUCUUCCGGGAUACACAGUGUAAUUGUAAGUUGUCACUGUCUAGAUUAAAAUAUGGUAUUUAAACUA